CAAGACGGAAGGUAAGGGUUAAAAGAAAAACUGAUUUUUGCAGCAGUAGUAAAAAAGUUGAACACAUACCUUGAAAGAAUUGAAUCCUAAUUUGAAUGUCUUGAGACAAGUCUUGGGAGAAAAUAACGGCUAAAUUUACCAAAAUGGAAAGUAGCACAGGCAGUUUGAAGAUAGUAACGAAUGAGCCUAAAACCAAGAGGAAGAAGUGCAGUGCGGAAUGAUCGAUACCGCAGUUGAAAAGAAAAUGAAGGCGCGAUGCGAACUCCUCGCUCUCCCAUAAUCCCUAGCGCGAGCUCAGUACUAUAGGGUGGCCCGAGCUACGGCAGUCGGUUGAAGGUCCCGGGUUGGGGGACGGGAUGGACCCAAGCCAGAUGGAAAAAAAGGUUUCGGAGCUUAGUCAAUCUCAGCGAACCAACGUCCAUUCGGUACUCAAGGCCCCUUUAUUUCCCAAGAGCCACAUUAGAGUUGACGACAGUGAGGAUGAAGCAACAGGCUUAGACAACCCGUCUCAGACUUCCACCUUUCCGCAAUUGUCGCCAUCGGCGGGGACCCAGUCAACUAGGGAAGGGAACAAGGAGGGGACUGGUCGAAAGCUGCUGAACAUGCUGAGAAAAAUUCUUAAAGGUAGUGAGAAUAAUGAAGUGAAUGAAGUACAAGACAUGCCACCUUUGGUUCCAUUUGGAGACGUGGUUGGCUGCCUGGGGGUUCAUAUAAAAAAGUGCAGACAUUUUUCACCCAGGAUCAACUUAAAAUAUCACUCAAAUUUGUUUAUUCGAAUCACUGUAAACAAGAUCAUGAAAUGUACUAAAGCUCAUUCCUUGAAUUUAAAGAACAGUGAGAGGAAACCGGGAAUUAGGUUUGAAGAGGUAAAAUAUUUUUCUAUACAGGUUCCAAGACGUCAAGAUGAUGAACGGAAUAUGAUUUAUUUGGAGCUAAUGGAGUUUGAUGAUUUGGAAGCAUACCCUGUGCUGUUGGGAAGUUUUAGCUUACAUCUUUAUGAAGUCAUUCAGAAAGGAUGCUUCACAGAAGAAGUUUUUAUGAAGAUUAGAAAUCUGGUUGUCUGCAAACUUGAAGUGGAGUUUAUGUUUUCCUAUGGAAACUUUGGUUUUGGCUUCUCACAUCAGUUAAAACCACUUCAGAAGUUGAUUCAGCCAUCUAUGUUUAUGCACGUUCCCCCACCCUUAGAAAGAACAGACCCUCUGACAAAUGUUAUCACACCACAACGAAUAGAAUAUCCGGCAUUCCUGUCUCCAGAUUUGAACGUUACUGUUGGGACGCCACAAAAUCAAAUCCCAUCUUUUCCAGUGCGACUUGAAAAACUUCAGAAACAACCUCGGGACAGACUUGACAGAAUGAAAAAAGAAUAUAGAAAUCUGAAAACGUGGGAAGAAAAAUCUGAAUAUUUAGAUCAGAUUCUUCGCAUGAAAGCGUCACCAAAAGACUUUCCUGGCUUAAGAGAUAGUAACAGCAAUAAUGACGUGCUUCUAAAGCAGCGGGAGUCUCAGUUCCUAGCAAAUCUUUUUCAGCCACCAGAAUACUCGGUUCAAAAGCAGGAGGACAUAUCGUUUCCAUCUGAAUUGCCUGUCAAAACACCCGAAGUUAAGAAGAGCCUCCGAAUGGGAGAAAUGAGAACAGAUUCUCCAGAUUCGAGUUUGCUUGUUCAAGACAAUGCUGAAACCAAAAGUGGAAGCCAUCCUCCUGGGGAAAGUUUCCCUUUACCUCUAGUUUCAUUAAAAGGGAAAGAUGUUUGUGUAGAAUCUAUAGAAAGAAGUGACGAACUAAUAGGUGAAAACAAUGAGCCUGAAGGAGAAACAUCAGGAAGACAGAUCCCAGACUCAUCUUCAUCAGAAGUAAAGCCAAAACAGAGCCAGGCAAGCCCAGAAAAAAUGGCUUCAAUUCAAUCAGAAACAAAGUUGAAAAGUAGCAGCUUGAACCGAGAUAGAAGAAAGAGGAGCACAGAUGAAUUUGGAUUAGAAACCAAAAGGCAAAGUGUAAAGCAAGAAAGCAAAAAAGGCUCCGAAUUUCUGCAGAUUCUAAAAGAAGACACUGAAACAAUCUCAAAGGUGCCUCUUCCUCGACAUGUUUCCUUUAAUAUUUUGAAUGAAACUACGGUAUUACUUUCAAGUCCAGCCUUAAACAAAGAUGAGAUUGAAGAAAACACUAGCUUGAAUGAAGUUAAAGACCGGAAUGGGGGAGAGGAAAAGCACAAACAAGGGGUAGGUGAGAAGAAUGAAGAUGAAGAAGAGAGUGAGCAAGCCCCAGAGGGCACCAAGUAUCCCAGAGCCCAGGGAAUUGAGACUUGGAGGAGCAACCAGUAGACACCAGUCAGGACUCUUCAGAUAAUUAAAAAAAGAAGACUUACAUUUGACCUUAUUGAAGCAUCUCCAAAAAAGCAAAAGCAAGAGCAAGGUUUGAUUUGGGAAGAAGCCCAGGAGAUAACCAAUACCCAUUUAAAAAACCUUGCAAGACUAAAUACUGUUCCAGAGUUUAACAAACUAUUGAAAGAAAACUUUGGGAUAUUUACAGGCCCUGGAUGGUUUCAACAGAUUUAUUUCAUGUAAAGGUUACAAACCCAGGUCUAGAGGAAUAUAAUCAGAAAAAAGACCUAAAAGAUCUAGAAAAAAAAAAAAAAGGCUUAAAUCAUUUGUGAUAUUCAACAUUUGUGAUAUUCUACAGUUGUUAAAUAGUUCAUAUGUGAAAUGCAAGUAUAAGGAUGAUUAUUAAAUACAUCAUGAAUCUCCUAUUAAUAAAUGUGUAUAGAUCAGUCCUUUUUUUAUUUAGCUGCUUACUACAAAAUGUCACCUUGUUGGAGUCAUCAUUUCACUGAAAUAGGAAAUAAACAUUUAUAAUGCAUUAAAAAAAGGAAAAACAAGCUCAGAAAAUAAUUGGGAAACAAUGCAAUGUAAAUGAAAGUGAAUGAUUUAGAGGACACACAGAAAAAAAAAGGAAGCAUAAGAAUUAUUGGGAUCCUGGGGGGUAAAUGGAGUUUAAAAAUCUGAUAACUACAAUGAAAUCAACUAUUUUUUUAAAAGUCUAAAUUAGUUUUAAAAAGUGAAAAGUGUUAAAUAGAAAUAAUCUGGAGAUUCCAACAAUGAGAAAUAAGGUACAUCAUCAUUAAACUUUAAAAAAAGGAGGCCAAAGGAACAAUCCUUAGUAAUGAGAUAUACAAGUAGAUUUACAAAUCAAAGUUUCAUGAGAUUGGUUCUCUAAAAACCAGAAAUAAUUGAAAAAAUCAGAGUAAGAGUAUAUCAUAUAUUACCUAUAUAAGCAUAUUUUCAAAGAAAAUGGACAUUGAAUACCAGAAUCAGUUUAACAAAUACAAGAAUUUUGUUUGAAAGAUAGAGAAUAUUAAAGAGCAAAUUGACUUCAAUUAAUUUUUAUAAAAAGACUAGGAUCUCUAAAGAAUCUUUGGAAAUGACUAGAAAACAUACUGAGAGUUAAAUAUUUAUUUGGAAUAUAUUUACCAGAUAUUACUAUUGUACACUAAGCAUGUCCAUGAAUAAGUAAAAAUACACUGUUGGCUAAAUUACUUGGAAAGUUGAUAAUUUUCAAGAAAAGGAAAAGGAAAAGCAAGAGAAAAAAUAGAUCCCAAAAAAGUAAUCUUUGCCAGGAGGACUAGCAUGUCUAAUUUUAGAGAAAUAUAUUAGCAUAAAACAUAGUGACUGCUUAGUGUUUGAGUUUAAGAAUUUAAAUAGUAAAUAAGGUUCUUUACUUCCUUAUAACAAUUUAACAAAUGGUUACAUUGAGGAAAUUUUUUCAGUUUCAAUGUUUAAUUAUCAGUGGUCCCUUUGAAAAACUUCAAAAAGUACAAAUGCCAGUAGCAAGGGAGUAUAAUGGAAAGACUACAGACUUGAAAUUGGGAAAUGCCUGGGUUCAGAUUCUGGUUUUGACACUACCUAUCAAAAGCUAGUUAUCAGAAGCAAAUUAAUUAUGCUCUAUAAGUCUCAGCUUUUUCAUCUGUAAGAUGAGAAAAUGAAUAGCUCCUACCGCAAUGUCAUGGGGGCCCAGGCAGUUAGGUGGCUCA